ACAGAGCUGUGCCGGGUCCGACACCCGAGCCGCCCGUUGCCUGGUAAUGUCCACAAAACAGCCGGGGCGAUCCUCUUACCGGGAACAGCUGAGCGCAGCCCCCCGCCCCCGGGUACCCCACCAGGGUUUGCUGCACGCCUGACCCGCAGGUCCCUCGGCUUGGCAGAUGCAGAUAGAGAUUUAUAUUUAUCCGCACAACUUGCCCGAAUGGACAGCAUUCCUCUCCCGCUCUGCUCCCCCACCAGCGCGUGCUGCCAGGCCGGGAGACGGACACGAGCAGUUAUUUUAAACCGGGCGGCGAGCAAGGUGACGGCGGCGGUGACGUGGGGACGGGGACAGGGUGGCACUUGGGGAUGUUGCAAGCAGUGGUGCGCGUUGCCAGGCGGUUUCGGGGCACGUAAGCUGGCGACUUCCUGAGCUGCGAGCGCUGACUUCCUGAGCGGGCACGGCCAGGGCGGAGGGACCUGAUGGCAGAGCCAGAGCCCCCUCCAGAACCGCAGCCGGAUGAAGCAGGAGCAGCCCCAGCCCUGCACCCCGGGGCUCCGUGCAGCCCAACAGAGCCAGCACAGGGCCUGGGGGCUGCUCCUGCUCCGGGCACCUGCGGGGAGCUGCAGGAAUGCGCUGGGGACACAGCCUUGAACUUCACCAUGCCGGGAGCACUGCUGGGUGAGGAGACAGCCAGGGCAGGGCCCCCACUGGGGGUGAAUGGAGCAGAAGUCCCACUGGAUGCGGAAACAGAUGAACAGAUCCUUCCAGACAUGGAUGCUGGCGAGACAGGGACCCCGCUGGAUGUGGAUGGGGCAGGAAUCCCAUUGGAUGUGGAAGAUGAAGUAGGGAUCCCUCUGGAUAUGGAUGCUGGUGGAACAGGGACACUUCUGGAUGCUGAUGGAGCAGGACUCCCACUGGAUGUGGAAGCAGAAGGAUUAGGGAUCCUGCUGGAUAUGGAUGCCGCUGUGGCAGGACUCCUGCUGGAUAUGGAUGGGGCAGGAAUCCCACUGCACGUGGGUGGGGCAGAGAUCCCGCUGGAUGCAGCCGGGGCAGAGAUCCCAUUGGCCAUGGACACCGACGGGGCAGGGAUCCCGCCAGGAGCAGCAGGGACAGCGGUCCCGCAGGACAUGGACGCGGAAGGGGCGGGCACCCCGCAGGCCACGGAGGGCACGGAGCGGCCGUGCCUCAGCCUGGAGGAGCUGGGCGAGUACUUCCAGGAGUGCAUCGAGGCGGUGGAGCAGCUGGAGAAGGAGCGCGAUGCCCUGAUCGAGGAGCUGACGCAGCUCCGCGAGCCGGCGCUGCAAGAUAUCCGCCAUGCCCACCAGGAGAUCCAGGCCGCCUGCCGCCUGCUGGCCAAGGUGGAGCUGGAGCGGGACAACCUGAAGGACGAGAUCCGUCAGAUCAAGCAGAAGCUCUUCAAGGUGACCAAGGAGUGCGUGGCCUGCCAGUACCAGCUGGAGAGCCGCCGCCACGACCUCUCGCAGCACGCGGCCUACCGGGACGAGCUGGAGAACCAGGCCGGGCGGCUGUCGGGCGAGCUGAGCCGCCUGCGGGAGAGCUGCGAGAAGGAGAAGGAGGCCCUGAGGCAGCGCCUGGAGGCCCCGCCGUGCCGCCAGGACCAGCAGUACCUGCAGGAGAGCCGGCGGCUGUCGGCCGAGUUCGAGAGCUUGGUGACGCGGAGCCGCCGCGGCCUGGAGGAGCACUACGAACCGCAGCUGCUGCGGCUGCUGGAGAGGCGCGAGGCGGGGACGCGGGCGCUGCAGGAGCUGCAGGGAGAGGUGCAGGGCAUGAAGGAGGCCCUGCGGCCCUUGCAGGGGGAGGUGAGCCGGCUGCGGCUGCAGAACCGGAGCCUGGAGGAGCAGAUCGUGCUCGUCAAGCAGAAGCGCGACGAAGAGGUUGGGCAGUACAGGGAGCAGGUGGAGGAGCUGGAGGACAGGCUGAAGGAGCUGAAGAACAGCGUCCAGCUCCAGCAGCGCAAGAACCAGGAGCUGGAGGAGCUGCGCAGCAGCCUGCACCACGAGCUGGCCAUCUACAAGGGCUGCUUAGAAAUCUACGGCCACCUUUGCAAAUCUGAAGAAAAACCAGACCAAGAAUGUUAGAGGUGAGAUGAGAGCCCAGCCUUUCCCUCCCUGAACUGCAGCGGGAGGAGCCUGCAGGGACAGCUCCUCUCCCUGCUCUCCUUGGUGCCCCAAGUCAGGAGCCCAGGACUCUGCUGCGGAUCUUCUGCUCAACACGAGCAGAGAAAACGGUACCUGCACUGAACAAUGGACAUGGCCAAAGAAUUACACGUGUAUGUUUUGCUGUGUUUGGAAAACGUAUCUUGCCCUGCACAUACACCUGCACAGAAAGGACUGCUCGGGAACCAGGGGGAGGGGGCUCGUUCUGGAGCUGACGUACUGAAGCUUUUCCUUUUGUAGUUCAAGCGGUGUUUGCUGCAUUGUGACAGGCUCCACCGAGGGCCACAGACACUGAAGUCUGUGGAUAAAAGGUUUCCACUUUAUAGUCUCACACUGAAAAUAAAGGUCAGAGUUUAAGGAUCUUUCUAUUUCUCAAA